AAAAAAAAAAAAAAAAAGAACUUGUAUAAACAAAUUCACCUCUAGGAUCACCUCAUUGUCCUGUUCAAUCCGAUACAACAGCAACAGCUACAGUAGCAGCUACAUUUCUCUCUUCUCAAACAAUAAUGACAUCAGGAUCAUCAUCCACUAGUUCCGCAGCUCCUUCGCCCACAGCAUUUCCUGGACCUUCUGCUGCUUCCACUCCAACUCCAUCGACACCCACUACAGUAGCAGGCGUUACUGCACCUGCACCACGGAAACGAAAGAAUGCAGCUGUGAUGCCUUCAUUACCCAAACCCAAAAAACAAAAGCUACAUCGAAACCUUGAUAAUAUUGUUGCAAGAAAGCAAUUACCUGAUGUUCCCACUGGCGCGAAUGCGGGUGGUAACAAGACAGGACAACGUAUGGUCAAGGGGCCUUACAAGAAACGAGAAAAGAAAGCGGAUAAUAAGGACGGCAAGAAGGGCGCUGGAGGAGAUACAGCUCCUUCGACACCUGGAGGAGGAAUAGGAGCAUCGUCUUCUAAAAAAGGUAAAGGAGGAAAAGGAAAUAUGGGUAAUACUGCUUCAGCUGCGGGGUCUAUAGCAUCAGGAAUGGCAGCAUCAACAGCAGCAGCACAUUCCUUAGGAGGGAUUGGAGGAGUAGAUGCGGAUGGAACUAAUGGAUUUGGACAAGGUGGGUAUCAACUGGGCAUCAAGAACGAGGAUGAUGAUGAGACAGAAAGCCGUGCAGGACCGAGUCAAGCUAUUGAUGGAGAUGGAAAUCCCAUUACCGGAGAGGCUGGAGGUGACGCUGGAGGUGAAGGCAAAGAGGAUGAGGAUGAUGAACAUGAAGAGGAACCAGAGUAUACUGAUUAUGAAUGGAGUCAGGAGGCCAAUGCUAGGGGACGAAGUAAAGAGGAACUCAAAGCGCUACUCGACUGCUUCUCUGAGGAACAACUACAACGCUAUGAAGUGUACCGUCGAUCUGUACUUAGUAAAUCAACUAUUAAGAAGUUGGUAGGAACCAUCUUGAAUCAGCAAGUCACCCAAACAAUGGCAUUUGUUGUAGCAGGCUUUUGUAAGGUCUUUGUGGGCGAGAUGGUUGAAAAGGCUCGGGAAGUAAUGGAAGACUGGGGUGAGACAGGCCCAAUUCGACCUGAACACCUUCGAGAAGCUCAGAGGCGGCACAAGAAAAAGGAGCUUCAACGAGGACAAGGUGUCAGGACUCCCUAUGGAUACAAACGACGCAUGUUUUGUAGAUAAAAAUAUUGAAAGUUAGAAAAAUCAAUUUGUCAAUAAAUUGUCCGCCCUGCCCUCUUCUU